AUGGUUGGCGCCAACCCGUACCACACCCUCCCAACAGCCGACUACGAUCUGCGCUCGGCACCCAUACCGCCCUCGGCAUCCCAGCUUCCCCCACCGGACCAGUUUGCAUUCAGCACCACCCUCCGCAAGGCCAAUCCCGACGAUCCGUACGCCAACGCAGCCAACGCAUAUCCCCCCUUUGCGUCGCCACCAAGGCCAGCCAACCACAAGCCCAACGCUUCCGACGCCUCGCAACCAUACGCCACCUCGAUAGACUUCCACAAUGCCUCGUCUGCCUCGUCUUCCCGCUCAGCGGCCGUCUCGGCCUCCGCCCACUACACCCAUCUCUCCGUCGACCAGUGCCUCGAGAGUCUCCACUGCCCGUCGCUCGAGUCGGGCUUGACGCCGCUUCUGGUGCACGAAGCGAGGAGCGAGGCCGGUGGCUACAACGAGUUCGCCGUCCGUGCAGGCGAAGAGCCCUGGCGCAAGUUUCUCGCCCAGUUUCAGGAGCCGCUCAUCCUGCUUCUGCUCGGCAGCGCUGCCGUCAGCCUGCUCAUCGGCCAGAUCGACGACGCCGUCAGCAUCACCAUCGCCAUCAUCAUCGUCAUCAGCGUCGCUUUCUACCAGGAGCAAAAAUCCGAAAAGUCGCUCGAGGCGCUCAACAAGCUCGUCCCGCACUACUGCCACCUCGUCCGCGAUGGCGUCACCUCGAGCGUGCUCGCCAACGAGCUCGUUCCCGGCGACAUAGUCACUUUCAGCACCGGCGACCGAAUCCCCGCAGACGUUCGCAUCUGCCAGUGCGUCUCGCUCGAGAUCGACGAGAGCACCCUCACCGGCGAGAUCAAGCCAAGGAAGAAGCACGCCAACCACGUCCCGCGCACGCCGCACUCGACCUCCGCUAACGGCCACGCUGGCCCCCAUGGCACGACGGACGGCGCGGCGAACGGCGCGGCACAGGAUCAGCACGCGGCCGACUCGGACAUCACCUCGAUCAACGAGCGCGAAAACAUCGCCUUCAUGGGCACGCUCGUCAAGUCGGGGCACGGCCGCGGCGUCGUCGUCGGCACGGGCGCCCGCACCGAGUUCGGCAUGAUCUUUAGCAUGGUGGAUGAGGUCGUCGAGAAGCGCACGCCGCUCCAGCUCAGCAUGGACGAGCUCGCAAAGCGCCUCAGCAUGAUCAGCUUUGCCGUCAUCGCCGUCAUCUGCCUCAUGGGCGUGUGGCAGCGCAGGCCGUGGCUCGAGAUGUUCACCAUCGGCGUAUCGCUCGCCGUCGCCGCCAUCCCCGAGGGCCUGCCCAUCGUCGUAACCGUCACGCUCGCGCUCGGCGUGCUGCGCAUGUCGCACCGCAAGGCCAUCGUCAAGAAGCUGCCUUCGGUCGAGACGCUCGGCUCGGUCUCGGUCAUCUGCUCGGACAAGACCGGCACGCUCACCACCAACGAGAUGGCCGUCGUCAGCUGCUUCACCGCCGAAGACGCCAUCAUCGACGUGGCGCACCACCUCUCGCACAAGCACUCGCAGGCGCUCUCGCGCAUCCUCCUCACGGGCAACCUGUGCAACAACUCGCAUCGCAACGAGCUCGGCACCAACGUGGGCCAGGCGACCGACGUGGCGCUCGUCAACAUCCUCCGCACCUUCGGCCUCGAGGACCAGAGGCCCUACUUCCGCAGGAGCUCCGAGAUCGCCUUUGACUCGGAGUCCAAGUUCAUGGCGGUCACCGGCGUGCUGUCGACAGCGGGCGUAGGCGCCGCAGAGACAGUGUACGUCAAGGGCGCAUUCGAGGUGGUCAUGGACAAGUGCACCACCGUGCUCGGCGCGGAUGGCUCGCCCGUGCGGCUCGACGAGGCGUGGCGCACCAAGUUCCAGCAGGCGGCCGACAAGCUUUCGAGCCAAGGCCUUCGCGUCGUCGGCUUCGCCUCUGGCCCCAGCGGCAGCCUCGAUGCGCGCACCUUGUCAUUUGCCGGUCUGCAGGCCAUGCAGGAUCCACCGCGGCCCGGUGUCAAGGACGCCAUCGCUUCGCUUGCCCGCGGCGGCGUGCAGGUGGUCAUGAUCACCGGCGACGCCGAGGCCACCGCGGUCGCCAUGGCGCGUCAACUCGGCAUCCUCUCUUCCACGAGCAGCAGCACCACCUCGGCCUCGUCGGCGUCGAUCCCGGGCGUGCUUAUCGGGCGUCAGAUCGACGCACUUACCGAGCGUCAGCUGCAGGAGCGCAUCGCGUCGGUGUCGGUGUUUGCGCGCACCACGCCGCGGCACAAGAUGGCGAUCAUCGCCGCCUUCCAGGCCAACGGAGCCGUGGUGGCCAUGACGGGCGAUGGCGUCAACGACGCGCCCGCGCUCAAGAUGGCCGACAUCGGGAUCAGCAUGGGCAAGGGCGGUACCGAUGUGGCCAAGGAGGCGGCGGACGUGAUCCUGGUCGACGACAACUUUGCCACCAUCCUCGCCGCCGUCGAAGAGGGCAAGGGCAUCUUUUACAACAUCCAGAAUUUCCUCUCGUUCCAGCUCUCCACCGCUGUUGCGGCGCUGACGCUGAUUACGCUCAGCACGGCGUUUCGGCUCAAGCUGCCGCUCAAUGCGAUGCAGAUUCUGUUCAUCAACAUCCUCAUGGAUGGACCGCCGAGUCAGUCGCUCGGUGUGGAUCCGGUGGACAGGAAGAGCGUUAUGGCGCGGCCGCCUCGUGCCAAGAAUGCACCUGUGCUCAACACGAGGUUGCUGUACCGCAUUGGGUUCAGUGCGACCAUGGUGGUGCUGGGAACGCUGUACGUGUACGUGCACGAGCUGGUCCCCGCGGAUAUCGAGGCACCAGCAGGGUCAAAGGUGGCGGACCAGCGCGAUUCGACCAUGACGUUCACGUGCUUUGUGCUGCUCGACCUGGUGUCGGCCGUACAGAACCGCGGCCUGCACACCCCACUCACGGCCAAUAGGAUGCUCGGCAUCACCGUGAGCAUCUCACUCGUCGCACAGAUGGCGAUGGUGUAUUUCCCGCCACUGCAGGGGGUGUUUCAAACGACCGGGCUCGCGUUUGGCGAUCUGGCCUUUCUCGUGGCCAUCGCCGCGAUCAGCUUUGGGAUGCACGAGGCAAGGAGGACGUACGAAAGGCGCAUCGCGCAAGAAGAGACAAAGGACCUCGCCGCCGGCUCUGUCGAUUGGGCAUAG